AUGAAGUUUAUCACCGCUGCUGCCCUGACCAGCCUGGUCGCCCUCGCCUCCGCCCAGUUCCCUGGCCUUCCGGCGUGUGCUCAAGAUUGUGCCACCAAUUCCAUUCCCAAGAACUGCGGCAUCGACGUGAAGUGCAUCUGCUCGGCCACCUCGUUCCUUGAUGCCAUUACUUGCUGUGUUGCUCAGAAAUGCUCAACAUCCGAGCAGGAAGCCACUAUCAAGUUCGCCAACGGUAUCUGCGGCACUGCUGGCGUCACCAAUCUUCCCCAGAGUGCCGUCUGUUCCACCGCGCCUACCCCAAGUGGCUCAUCUUCUUCUUCCUCUUCCCCCACCGCAAGCCGCUCUACUAGCGCCACCUCCGGCUCUGCGUCAUCCUCUGCCUUGAGCACCGCGGCCGCCAGUAGCUCCCCGAGGCCAUCAUCCACCUCCAAUGCUGCUGUCUCCAACAAUGCCAACGGCGGUGCUAUCGCUGCCAUUGCUGGCUUGCUCGUGGCUCUCGCGUAA